AUGGAAAAAUACUUUAAACGUACAUCUGCGAUUUCUUGUGAUGAACAAAAUAUUGACGAAAGGAAUGUUCGAAAGAAAAGGGAUGAAAACGAUGUUCGAGAUGUUGAUGUUGGGGGUAUUGGAGAUGUUGAUGUUGGAGAUGUUGGGGAUAUUGGAGACGUUGGGGGUAUUGGAGAGGUUGGAGAUGUUGAUGUUGGAUUUGGGGGUAUUGGUGACGUUGGAAAUGUUGAGGAUAUUGGGGAUGUUGGGGAUAGUGGAGGAAAUGUUGAGGAUAUUGGAGAUGUUGGAAAUAUUGGGGAUGUUGAUGUUGCACAGCUUCCCUCUGAUCCUGGAUUGAGAGUUCCAAUACAAAAUUAUGAUAUUAAUAUUCGAGAUGUGAUUCGAAGAGCAUAUAUGCAAAGAGGUCCUUGUCAACCUCGCAAUCAUAUAUUUCAACCCACAAGAAUAGGUGGAUUCUCAAAUUGGAAAAAGAAAGAAUAUAUAAGAAAACACGUUGGGGCUUCAAGUAGUGCACACAAUCAAGCUCGGGUCAAAUAUGAAUUGUUCAAGAAUCAAGAACAAAGUAUUAGAUCUUGUCUCGUUAAACAAUCGCAUCAAGCUCGAACAAAUUAUCGAAUUCGAUUAAAUGCUUCAAUUGAUUGUGUUCGAUUUCUUCUACUACAAGGGAUGGCAUUUCGUGGACAUGAUGAAUCUGAAGAUUCAUACAAUCAAGAAAACUUUCUUGAACUAUUGCAUUGGUUGUGUGAUCAUAAUCCCGAGAUUAAGGCUGUUGCUUUGACAAAUGCACCUGAGAAUUUGAAAUUAACAUCACCAAGAGUGCAAAAAGAUAUUGUAAAUGCUAUCGUUUCUGAAUGUCUACAUGUGAUUAUCGAAAAUAUUCGUGAUAGUUUCUUCUCAAUUUUAGUUGAUCAAUCUCGAGACAUUUCUGUGAAAGAGCAAAUGUCAGUUGUCAUUCGUUAUGUGAAGAAUGGGUGUAUAUUGGAACAUUUUAUUGGUGUCAUUCAUGUUUUGAAUACCACAGCUGCCUCACUUAAGGCUGCAAUUGAUCAAUUAUUCUCAACGCAUAAUUUAAGCAUAUCUAAUUUGAGAGGCCACGGAUAUGAUGGAGCUAGUAACAUGCGAGGUGAGUAUAAUGGCCUCAAAGCACUUAUUUUGAAAGAAAAUCCAAGUGCUUACUAUAUUCAUUGCUUUGCUCAUCAACUUCAAUUAGCUCUUGUAGCCGUGGCACAGAAACAUCCGAAGAUUGAAACUUUCUUCACUACAGUACAUAGAUUGGUGAAUAUUGUUGGAGGAUCAGCUAAACGGAGUGAUCUUAUUCGAGAGAAUCAAAGAUUGAAAAUUCUUGAAUCACUCAGUAUUGGUGAAAUAUCAAGCGAACGAGGUCUCAAUCAAGAAAUUACUCUUCAGCGUCCUGGGGAUACACGUUGGGGCUCUCACUAUAGUUGUUUAAUUAACUUGAUUAUCAUGUUUUCAACUAUAGUCGAAGUCAUUGAGAUGAUUGCUACUGAUUCUAUAAGUACCGGAACAAGAGGUGAUGCAUGCAUUUCAUUGGAGUUGAUGUUAAGAUUUGAAUUUGCAUUUAAUCUAUAUCUCAUGAAAAAGAUUUUAGGGAUUUCAAAAGAAUUGUCAAAAGCAUUACAAAGAAAAGAUCAAGAUAUUGUUAAUGCUACGAAAUUGGUGCAAAUAUGUAAAACACAAUUCCAAACCGUGAGAGAUGAUGGAUGGGAUUCUUUUUUGGGAGUGGUUUGUUCGUUUUGUGAAACUCACAAGAUCAAUGUUCCUGAUAUGGAUGAUAUGUUCGUAACUGUAGGUCGUUCACGGCGUGAGACAGUGACAAAUUUGCAUCAUUUUCGUGUGGAAAUGUUUUAUGCCGUCAUUGAUAUGCAACUUCAAGAGUUGAAUGAUCGUUUUUCUAUAGCAAAUAGUGACUUGCUUAUUUGUGUUGCAUGUUUAUCUCCAAAUAAUUCAUUUGCUGCUUUUGACAAGAUCAAAUUGAUUCGACUAUGUCAGUAUUAUCAGGUAGAUUUUGAUGCAGCAGAUAUCCUAGAACUUGAUGAUCAACUAGAUACGUAUAUUAUUGAUAUACGCACUUUUGAAGACUUUGAAGAAUUACAAGGCAUUAGCGAUCUUGCACAGAAGUUGGUUGUGAAGAAUAAAUAUGAAGUGUAUCCAUUAGUCUACAAACUUGUGACACUAACCUUAGUUCUUCUCGUGGCUACUGCUACAGCCGAGAAAGCAUUUUCUGCGAUGACUUACGUCAAAAAUUGUGUCGGGACCUGUCCAUUCUUUCUGCAGUACUACAAGACUUUUCUCUCCUGUGUAUCUUCCUGGAAACAGUUGGAUUCAUCUUGCAACUACGUGGUUUUUACGACCCAGUUGGAUUCAUCUUGCGACAAUCAGAUUUUUCUUUCAUUUAUCAUUAAUUUCCACAAUCUAGAAGACUUCUCCCCUGCAUAUCAUCCUGGAAACCUAGUCAUUCCUAUGAAUUUUUCCAUUUUGUGGGCUCUUAUAAAUAAGCUGGCCGAACAGUUUUUGUAA